UCUUGAACUCUUAACAACAAAAUUGCGGAAUCGGAAAAAUGGAAAGUAAAAUAUCUGGGAAAUAUUGAAAGCGUUAAAAAGGAUAUUCGCUCAAGGAUCAAAAGGGCAAUUGAUCCUUAAAAGGAUACAAUUUGUGGAUAAGUAGUGAAGGAGUAAAGGAUAAUUCGAACUAAAGGAUACACUGUGUGGAUUAGAAGGUGAAAAGACAGAUGUGUGAACGGAGAAUACAACGUCAAUAAAAAAUCCACAAAAAUUCUUACUCUUCAACAAUAAUUUUAUUGCGCGAAAAACUUCCUCCGCGUGCGUGUUGAAACGGAAAAAUGUCACAGCAACGGAAGACCGCUGCUGAUGACCCUGAACAGGGUGAUCCCAGCUACAACAUCUCCAUGGGAGAGGAGUAUAUGCUAAAUGAGAUUGAAAAGAAUUUCAUAUUAGCUGCCGAACGUGGUGACAUACAGGGUGUUAAGAAAAUCAUCGAAGACAACAAAGGUCAACCAGAUAAAUUUAAUAUAAAUUGCGUCGAUCCGCUUAAUCGCUCCGCACUCAUUUCCGCCAUUGAGAAUGAGAACUUCGAUUUAAUUAUUGUAUUGCUGGAGUGUGGCAUUGAAGUGGGCGAUUCAUUGUUGCAUGCCAUAUCGGAGGAAUAUGUCGAAGCGGUAGAGGAACUACUGCAGUGGGAGGAAUCUCAUCACAAAGAAGGGCAGCCUUAUAGCUGGGAGUCUGUUGACCGUUCUAAGUCGACAUUUACGCCGGAUAUCACGCCAUUAAUAUUGGCAGCUCAUCGCAACAAUUACGAGAUACUUAAAAUCUUAUUGGAUCGGGGUGCAACGCUGCCCAUGCCGCAUGACGUGAAAUGCGGUUGCGAUGAGUGCGUCACCUCCCAAGAAACCGACUCACUGCGGCACUCCCAAUCGCGCAUCAACGCCUACCGCGCGCUCUCCGCCAGCUCACUGAUAGCGCUCAGCUCGCGCGAUCCCGUCUUGACGGCCUUUGAACUCUCAUGGGAAUUGAAGCGAUUGCAGGCGAUGGAAUCGGAAUUCAGAGCGGAAUAUACGGAAAUGCGUGUAGGCGUGCAAGAAUUUGUCUCAUCAUUAUUGGAUCACGCGCGCACUUCAACCGAACUGGAGGUAAUGCUUAACUUCAAUCACGAGCCGACAACUGACAUUUGGAUGCCGGGGCAGCGACAAACUUUGGAGCGCCUAAAAUUGGCCAUACGCUACAAACAGAAGGCGUUUGUGGCACAUCCGAAUGUGCAACAGCUGUUGGCGGCCAUUUGGUAUGAGGGAUUGCCUGGUUUUAGGCGCAAACAAGCCUCUCAACAGAUCAUGGACGUAGUGAAGUUGGGCACUAUGUUUCCCAUUAACAGUAUGAACUAUCUGCUGGCGCCGGACUCUGAUGCAGGCAAAUUCAUGAGGAAGCCAUUUGUGAAAUUUAUAUCGCACUCCUGUUCGUAUAUGUUCUUUUUGAUGCUUUUGGGUGCAGCUUCAUUGCGUGUGGUUGAUCUCGCCUUCGAGCUUUUGGCAUUUCCUUGGAUGUUGGCCAUGUUGGAAGAUUGGCGUAAGCACGAGCGUGGUUCGCUGCCGGGACCCAUUGAAUUGGGCAUCAUCACCUAUAUUGCCAGUUUGGUCUUUGGCGAACUGAAAACACUUUAUUCCGAUGGAUUGUUCGAGUAUAUUAUGGACCUUUGGAAUAUUGUCGACUUCGUAUCGAAUAUGUUCUAUGUUACGUGGAUACUCUGUAGAGCCACUGCAUGGAUUAUAGUGCAUCGCGAUUUGUGGUAUCGCGGCAUCGAUCCAUACUUUCCACGCGAACACUGGCAUCCCUUUGAUCCGAUGUUGCUUUCUGAAGGCGCUUUUGCUGCCGGUAUGGUCUUCUCGUAUUUGAAGUUGGUGCACAUCUUCUCCAUCAAUCCACAUUUGGGACCAUUGCAAGUUUCUUUGGGCCGGAUGAUAAUCGAUAUCAUAAAAUUCUUCUUCAUCUACACUUUGGUAUUGUUUGCUUUCGGUUGUGGACUCAACCAACUGCUGUGGUACUAUGCUGAAUUGGAGAAGAACAAAUGCUACCAUUUGCAUCCAGAUGUGGCAGACUUCGAUGACCAAGAAAAAGCCUGUACUAUUUGGCGACGAUUUUCAAAUCUCUUCGAAACCUCACAGUCACUCUUUUGGGCUUCCUUCGGCUUAGUCGAUUUAGUGUCAUUCGAUUUGGCUGGCAUCAAGAGCUUCACCCGCUUCUGGGCAUUACUCAUGUUCGGCUCAUACUCGGUGAUCAACAUUAUUGUGCUCCUCAACAUGCUCAUCGCUAUGAUGUCCAAUUCAUAUCAAAUUAUUUCGGAACGCGCAGAUGUAGAAUGGAAAUUCGCACGCUCUCAGCUGUGGAUGAGCUAUUUCGAGGAUGGUGGCACUGUGCCGCCUCCAUUCAAUAUAAUGCCAUCGGUUAAGCUAUUGCGCAAGACACUAGGCAAGGAGGGGCCAAAGCGCACCAAGAGUUUUAUGCGUAAAACCAAGGAACGUUCGCAGGCGCUACACGACAAAGUCAUGAAACUGCUAAUACGACGUUUCGUCACGGCAGAGCAACGGCGACGUGACGACUAUGGCAUAACCGAAGAUGAUAUCAUUGAAGUGCGUCAGGACAUUAGCUCUUUGCGUUUCGAGUUGUUGGAUAUUUUCCAAACCAAUCGUUUCAAUGUGCCCGAUAUUGAGAAGAAAACAGCAGCUGCGGCGGCCGGCACAAAGAAGGGUAAGGUGAUGGAACGACGUAUACUGAAAGAUUUCCAAAUCGGUUUUGUUGAGAAUCUGCAACACGAAAUGACUGUAGGAGAUGAGGGUAGCAAGGAUAUCUUCUCGUCGUUGGCGCGAGUGAUUGGCAAGAAGAAGUCGCUGAAGUCAGGCGAAAAGGACUGGAAUGCAAUUGCACGACAGAAUACAAUGACCGCAGAUCCGAUUGGCUCCAAGCGUUCCUCCAUACAGCGCCACAGUCAGCGCAGCUUGCGGCGCAAGAUCAUCGAUCAAGCGAAUGAAGGUCUCAGGAUGAACCAGAAUCAGUUGAUUGAAUACAAUCCCAACUUGGGCGACGUGACACGUGCCACACGUGUCGCAUACGUAAAGUUCAUGAAGAAGAAGAUGGCCGCUGACGAAGUGGGAGCUGCAACCACCACUGCAGAUGCCGAAGCUACGACAAGUGCCACUAUCAAGGAUGAGAAAGCUGCAGAAUCAAAACCUGAUGAAGCGAAAACUGCUGGUGAUGCCAAGGCCGAUACCGUCUCGAAAGCCUCAAGCUCGGAUGACAAACCCAAAGAUGGCAAGCCAGGUGAUGGCAAACCAACUGCACCUGCACCACCCGGCAAGCCAGCAGCUGGCGCCAAGCCAACCGAUGCUGCAAAGAAGGACGAAGCAGCCAAGCCUGCUCCAGGCGCUGCAGGUGCUGCGGCUAAACCAGCGCCAAGUGCUGCCAAACCUGAUGCGAAGAAGGAAGAUGGUGCCAAACCCGCUGGUGCCGAUGCUAAGCCCGCAACUGCCGCCAAACCUGGUGAUGCCGCUGCCGCUAAACCAGCUGUUGCUAAGCCUGGUGAAGCUACAAAGCCCGAAGCUGCUGCCAAGAAAGAGGAUGCUGCCAAAACUGAAGCCGCAAAACCAGCCGCUGCAGCAGGUGCCAGUGCGACCGCCAGCGCUGCGAAAGGUGCUGCACCAGCUGCACCCGCGAGUUCUAAACCGGAUACAACUGCUACAACUGGCACAAAACCAGCGGAGGCGGGAGCGCCGGCUACUACAAAAGCUGCUGGUGGUAGUAGCGGUGGUGAUGCUGCGGGUGGUACGGGGGCGACUGCCAAAACAGAUGACAAGAAGGCUGAUGAAAAGAAGGCUGACGAAACGAAGGGUGAUGAAAAGAAGGGUGACGAAAAGAAGGGUGAUGAGAAGAAGGCCGAUGAAAAGAAGGGCGACGAAAAGAAGACCGACGAGAAGAAACCGGACGACAAGAAAGCAGCAGCACCAGCACCUGCUAAGCCGGUUAUUAAAGUGGGUCAAAGUAGUGCGGCUGCCGGCGGUGAACGUGGCAAAUCCACAGUCACGGGUCGCAUGAUAUCCGGUUGGCUAUAAGGCGAGAAGAUUUAUGUGUACUUUUAGCCACCGAUUGAAGUAUUUUAAACACUGACAAACAUACUUAGGCUUACUGAGCUUUGUGUGGGACAAAUAAAUUUAUAUUAAAUUGAAGUCGUCUUAAGUGAAAUAAAUGAAUUAUGAGUAAAAGCGGUAAA